AUGAAGCCAUCUUCGCAGUCCUUUCAACCUCCAAAAUGCGUCAUAGACACCGUCCUACGCCUGCUCGUCUCGCUCAUCGUCGGCAUUGUCCUCGAAAGACCGACAAGGGCUCAUCUCGACAAAAUCUACGAUUAUUUCCUCGGAGAUGCAUUCAGAGAAGACUAUGACGAAUGCCACCGUCUCACCGCAUCUUUGCUCACCGAUCUCGACCGCACCGGGUUUGAUGUGAUCCAACUCUCCCGAAGGCUUGCGAGCCACAAGUCAGAGGCACUCUGCCAACUAGUGACACAAUGUGGAUUCGACUGGAAACCCGAAAGGAGUCUAUUCUUCAUCCCAAGAACAGAAGAAACGUUGGAAAUGGACGUGUUUGAUCUCGAGUUUGACGACGCGUCCAUUUCCUUGCCGGCCCCAACACGAACAAACUUUUUCGACGGCCGACAUGCAUUUUUACACCGUCAGCGACGCGCAAAGCCACGGGAACGUGUACGCAGCACAGACUACUUCCCGCGUACGCCUGCCGUCUCAUUUAGCCACCUCGCCUGGAACCAAGCCUCACUCCUAAUGGCAAAUGACCCGUCAUCGCACGUUCUCCUCCUUGGCUCACUGUACAUGCGUUCCAUAAUAGGCAUCCUCGCAGCAAAAGUUGGAGCAGUCGAACACUGCUCGACAAACGAGAUUCUACGCGUCGUCCAAAUUGCCUCACAGAGACGAAUGGCUGCGGCACUCGGUCGAAAGUUUGCCGCAAUCAUGACGGCCGGACGACCACCACGAACAGAAUCAGAACUCGUGCGCCUCACGCACGCCGUCUACGGUCUCUUGAUCCAAUUGGGCGACGAUAAUGCGCAUGUGUGGGCCAUAGACCACUGGAUCGAUGCCGUCGUCUUCUCCUUUGCCGACCUGGAUGCUUCGACGGCAGACCUGUCCCGCCUCUCAGAUGAAGAAGACGAAGAAGCUGUCAGUGACCACGGAUCGUCACAUGCCAGCAGUAGUUAA